AUGAAGGUCGCUAUUUUCGUGAGCACAUUUUCGGCUGCAGUAUUAGUGGUGGCAGGUGCGCCAGCUAUCAAUAAUGGAGCGGAAGAAAACAUCAUGUUCAUGCCUCAACCGCAGUACCGAGGGAGGCGCUCACAAUAUGGACCAGCGUAUGCUGCACCAUGCGGAGGCGCGCUGCCCGCUCUUGUACCAGCAGGCGGCUUCGCUGCCGGUCCCAUACAUGGAGGGUUCGGCUACGGCGGCAGCGGCAUUGGCUUCGGAGGCGGUCAUGGUUAUCCCUACAGUCCCCAUUAUCGCACAGAAGAUGUAGAGAACAUGAACUUAUCUGACAUGGAACAAGGCACAUCGGAGCACGUCCCGAUGGCAAGAUACGGUGGUUAUGGUGCUGCUCCAGUGAUACAUGGUGGUGCAGGUCUAGGUGGUCUGAGCGGACUUGGAGGACAAUUAGCUGCCGGUGUGGGUGUGGCAUCUGGGCCUGCUUAUGGUGUGUUCCCGAACGCGAACAUUGGUGGUUGUAACGUGCCCUUGUUGCUGAGCUGUUCGCCGUCUAUAGUGCCCGGUCGUCUAGUGAAGAGUUACGGCGGUUAUGGCGCUGCCGUGCCGGUGGGAGCUGCGUUGCCAGUGGGCGCUGGAGUGUCAGGGGCAUCGGCGACCGUGAUAGGUAACUCGUACCGUGGCGCUGAAGAACCAAAUUUGGAACAUGAGGAAGCUGUCGAAGAGCACACGAAUGAACACCUGGAGCCAGCUGAAGACAACACCCACUCUAAAUAG